UCAUCCUUCGUCUGCCUUCAAGUCAUCCCCCAAACGGAGCGCAGAGAAGUCCUUGCCCCUCUCUCUCUCUCUCUCUCAUCUAAUCCAAAUUCCUUCUCCAUCUCUUCACUGCAGUAUUGGAUCUGCUUUCCAAGUUUAAUUUACUAUUGGGUUUAUUAAUCUAUUAAUUUUACCAUUUUUUUCUUAAUAAAGUUUUAAUCUUUCUGCGAUUUCUAACCAAUUCGACCUUCCCUUUCCCAAAGUCUCCAUCAAAACAUGUCGACAAGGAAGCCAUCAUACGCAAACCCAAAACCCUGCAACCACCUCUCAGCUUACAAGCUCAAACAUGGCUCCAGCGGCUACAAAUCCCUCCAAAAAUCCCUCAAAUCUGCCCCCAACGGAAGAACAAGCGUUCGGAUUCAGGAAACUAAGGUACCCAGAUGCAGUGUCUGUAAUGGGUUCGAAGGUAGACUCUAUAUUUGCUUGAUUUGCUCUUCGGUUUCGUGUUCGAAUCACGCAGUUCUGCAUACCCAGUUGGAAAUCGGCCACGAUUUGGCCGUCGAUGUCCAAAGGGCCGAGCUUUUUUGCUGUGCGUGCUCCGAUCAGGUCUACGAUCCUGAUUUCGAUAAGUGCGUGAUGGCUAAGCACAUGCUGGACUUGCAGUGCAGCACAAAUAGUGCGGAUAGUAUUGGGGAGAGACUGUGUGAGAGGAAGAGGCUGGGGGGUUCGGGUGUCGAAUUAUCGGAGUUUAAAAAGCCCGAAUUAUCGGGUUUGGUGAGGGAUCACAGGGCGAAAUCGUGUUAUCCGUUGGGUUUGAGGGGGUUGAAUAAUUUGGGGAGUACUUGUUUUAUGAACUCUGUGUUGCAAGCGCUGCUACAUGCGCCUCCAUUGAGGAAUUACUUCUUGAGUGAUCGGCAUAGCCGCAGAACAUGCCGGAAAAGGACGGCAAACCGGCUGUGUUUGCCUUGUGAGCUUCACGGUGUUUAUUCGGCUGUGUAUUCCGGCGAUUGGACUCCUUAUAGCCCGGCUCAAUUGCUUUACAGUUGGUGGCAGCAUUCGGAGAAUCUGGCAAGCUACGAGCAGCAGGACGCUCAUGAGUUCUUCAUUUCAGUGUUGGAUGGGAUCCAUGAGAAAGAAACCAAAGCAAGGAACCAUACUAAAGAUAGUGGAGACUGCCAGUGUAUUGCGCAUAGGGUAUUCUCAGGACUGUUGAGGUCGGAUGUCACUUGUAUGACUUGUGGAUUCACCUCGACAACUUAUGACCCGUGUUUGGACAUAUCACUCAACUUAGACACAAGCCGCUGUUCUUGGUCAGAUGCAUCUAACAAGCCUGCCAAAGCGAAUGGCAGCAGCUGUUCAUCCACUCUUUUGGGUUGUUUAGACUUGUUUACAAAACCAGAAAAGUUGGGGUCAGACCAGAAACUGUACUGUCAGAACUGUCAAGAACUCCGAGACUCUUCAAAGCAAAUGUCCAUCAGAAAGCUUCCAAUGGUGUUGUGUUUGCAUAUAAAACGGUUUGAGCAUUCCCUGGUCAGAAAGAUGAUGAGGAAAAUCGAUAGCUAUUUGCAUUUUCCCUUCUCGCUAGACAUGACUCCCUAUCUGUCUUCUUCGAUCGUCAGAAACAGAUUUGGAAAUAGAAUCUUUGCUUUCGAGGGGGAUGAAUCUGAGAUGUCUACCGAGUUUGAGAUUUUUGCAGUAGUUACUCAUUCCGGGACACUAGAUUCCGGCCAUUAUGUGACGUAUUUACGCAUACAAGACCAGUGGUACAAAUGUGACAAUGCUUGGAUUAAUGAGGUCGACGAGGGGAUUGUAAGAGCUUCACAGUGUUAUAUGAUGUUCUACAUGCACAAGACGCUGUACCAUAAAGCAAACGUAGAUUUGCGUCACUUGCCGGUUUCCACACAGAAGGAGGCAUUUCAGAGGAUGGCUGGUUGCUGCUAGAGGAAAUGUUUCGAAUGACUAUGGUGUCUACAGUUCUCCGAACAAGAAAUGGGCUUUCGAUAUGCGUUCGAGGCAGGGUAUGAACCGAUUGAGACGGAGACUGCCUCUGCCGAAGCAACCUCUUCAAGAAUCAGAUCCCUUUGGCCCAAGGAGAUCACAUCGGAAAGGCAUCAUCAAAUUGCAGAUCUCUGAAGAUGAUCAUGAUUUGAAGCAGAGAUACAUAAAUGUAUGCAAACUCCAUAUCUACUGCUGGUGAUAUGUUACUGGGUAUUUUAUGAGGGGAUUUUGGGAAAACUGAUGGGACUAAUUUGAAAAAACUUGUUCAUGUUGGGGUUUAUUUUGCAAGAUUUCUUGCUCAGCAUUCUUUUGACUGCAAGGUCAGUCAUGUACAUAACUAAACUGAUAUUUGGAACUAAUAUUAUCUUUUGGGGUUCCACUAA